AUGGACCGACCAAAUAAGACAUUAUUAGGCCCGGCAUUCGAUAAUGGGAACUUGUUCUUGUAUGACCCGGCCAUUCAUCCAUCCAACCCUGGCAACAUUAGUAUAACGAACGUUCCUGAUCGAUCCACAUUCACCAAACUUUCAUUCGCCAUAUUGGCUUGUGCUACCAAGAUCCCAGACUUUCGAAAAUGGACGCAACUAGGCACCAUGUGUGAUCUCAAUCAAGAUAAUUACCUACAGUAUGGACACCAAACAACAGACUUCUUACACGCGGCUUUGAUGGUCCAUGAGAUUGGAAGCAGGUAUUUUGCAAGAGACCAGGACGGAGAAUUGAAUGGUGUGUGCGAGACAAUAAGUAAGAUCUUGUUCCGGGACAAUCAGAAUUUGACUUGUGAGGAAUUUGUCGAACUGUUGACGGCAGGUAGUGCAGUCUUCGAGUACGACUUGGAGGAGAGACUUGAACAGUUAGAAAAGGCUAAGUUGCAGGAAAUGGAUAGAAAGGCUAAGUUGCAGGAAACGAAUAGUGGGGCACAGUCUUCCCAAGAGCCUUCAUUCAUAGAUAAGCUCUUAUCCUCCAAGCCUCCUACCGACAGUUCAACCUCUCAAGGAACGUCUACCGAGUACCAAUACCCGGUUGAGACCGAGGAACGCCCAACUCGGGCGACGAUGAUGAAUGACGAAUGA